AUGGUGGCAAGCUUGUUGGCUUCCAUCUCUAUUUCAGAGCUCCUCUUGGCUUCUGUUAUCUUCUGCCUGGUCUUCUGGGUCAUUAAGUCUUCCCCUCAAAGGGUACCCAAGGGACUCAAAAGCCCACCUGGACCCUGGGCUUGGCCUCUGGUUGGUAAUGUAUGGACUCUGGGGAAGAAUCCCCACUUGACCCUGACCCAGCUGAGUGAGAAGUAUGGGGAUGUGAUGAAGAUUCAUAUUGGUUCUACCCCUGUGAUUGUGCUGAGUGGCCUGGAAACCAUCCGGCAGGCCCUGGUGAAACAGGGGGAGGACUUCAAGGGGAGACCUGACCUUUACAGCUUCACCUUUAUUACAGAUGGUUACAGCCUGGCCUUCAACCCCGACUCAGGGGAGGUUUGGGCAGUUAGGAGGAAGCUGGCCCAGAAUGCUCUUAAUACCUUCUCUGUGUCCUCUUCUCCAUCCUCUUCCUCCUGCUACCUGGAGGAGCAUGUGAACAAGGAGGUUAAACAUUUGAUCCAGAAAUUCCAGGAGCUGAUGGAGGGGGUAGGAUGCUUUGACCCCUACAGGCAUGUUGUAGCAUCCGUGGCCAAUGUCAUCAGUGCCAUGUGUUUUGGCCAACGCUAUGACAACCACGAGAACCCAGAAUUUAUGAAUCUUAUUAAUGCAAGCCACGAGUUUGUUGAGAGUGCCACCUCAGGCAACCCAGUUGACUUCUUCCCCAUCCUUCGCUACAUCCCAAAUCCUCAGCUGCAGAGGUUCAAAGACUUCAAUCAGAGGUUCCUAAAAUUCCUGCAGAAAACCAUUCAUGAGCAUCACAAGGCCUUUGAUCAGAACAAUAUUCAAGACAUCACUGGGGCUCUGUACAAGCACAGCCAAGAUAAGGCUAAUGGGAACACCAGGUCCAGUGUACCAGAAAUGUUGAUCAUCAAUCUCAUCAAUGACAUCUUUGGAGCUGGCUUUGAUACAGUCACCACGGCCAUCUCCUGGAGUCUCAUGUAUCUUGUGACAAAGCCUAAGGUCCAGAAGAAGAUCCAGGAGGAGUUGGACAGGGUGAUUGGAAGAGAUCGAUGGCCCCUUCUCUCAGACAGACCUCAGCUGCCUUUCUUGGAGGCCUUUAUCCUGGAAAUCUUCAGGCAUACCUCCUUUGUCCCUUUCACCAUUCCCCACAGCACAACGAGAGCCACAGCCCUCAACAACUUCUAUAUCCCCAAGGGGACCUGCAUUUUUGUGAACCAGUGGCAGACUAACCAUGACCCGAAACUAUGGGGGGACCCAUCGGUGUUCCGGCCAGAGAGAUUCCUCAGUGCAGAUGGAACUAUCAACAAGGCCCUGAGUGAGAAGGUGCUUUUGUUUGGCCUGGGGAAAAGAAGGUGCAUUGGGGAGACCAUUGCCCGGUGGGAAGUCUUCCUCUUCCUGGCCAUCCUGCUGCAUCAGAUAGAGUUCAGUGUCCCUUCUGGUGUGAAGGUGGAUAUGACCCCGACUUAUGGGUUGACCAUGAAACAUCCCCGCUGUGAGCACUUCCAGGCCCAGCUACGCUUCUCCAGGAAGGGCUGAGAAUCCCAUUUGCCAGGGCUGGGGUAUGGACUCCUCUCCUUCAAUUUUCUCUCAGUCCAUACUUACUGGGGCUUCCAAAGUAGUGAGGCCAAGGAAUCAUGUCCCUGACAAUGUACGAUCCAGAGGUUCCAUCACCUAACAUGGAGCAACCUUUCUGGCUACAUAAUUGAAUUGUUAACUUGUAUUAAACUUGUAAUUCAUGAAGACACCUCAGAUUAUUUGCACACACACUACUUUCUUGCCAUGUCUCUCCAACCUGGUACUUGGGAAGCUGGUUUUGAAUCCAUGUAGAAGACAGCAUUUUUCUCCAUUAAAUUUCAUCUUACUCA